GGCAGCGGCCAGCGCCAUGAACGCAGAGCCGGAGCCCCGGAGCCUCUCCCUGGGCGGCCAUGUGGGCUUUGACAGCCUCCCCGACCAGCUGGUCAGCAAGUCGGUCACUCAGGGCUUCAGCUUCAACAUCCUCUGUGUGGGGGAGACUGGCAUUGGCAAGUCCACACUGAUGAACACGCUCUUCAACACGACCUUCGAGACAGAGGAAGCCAGUCACCAUGAGGAGUGUGUGCGCCUGCGGCCCCAGACCUAUGACCUCCAGGAGAGCAACGUGCAGCUGAAGCUGACUAUUGUGGACGCUGUGGGCUUCGGGGAUCAGAUCAAUAAGGAUGAGAGUUACAGGCCCAUCGUCGACUACAUUGACGCACAGUUUGAAAACUACCUGCAGGAAGAGCUGAAGAUCCGCCGCUCGCUCUUCGACUAUCACGACACAAGGAUCCACGUCUGCCUCUACUUCAUCACACCCACAGGGCACUCCCUCAAGUCCCUGGACCUCGUGACCAUGAAAAAACUGGACAGCAAGGUGAACAUUAUUCCCAUCAUUGCCAAAGCUGACACCAUCUCCAAGAGUGAGCUCCACAAGUUCAAGAUCAAGAUCAUGGGCGAGCUGGUCAGCAAUGGGGUCCAGAUCUACCAGUUUCCCACUGAUGAUGAGGCUGUUGCAGAGAUUAACGCGGUCAUGAAUGCACACCUACCCUUUGCCGUGGUGGGCAGCACCGAGGAGGUGAAGGUGGGAAACAAGCUGGUGCGAGCACGGCAGUACCCCUGGGGAGUGGUGCAGGUGGAGAACGAGAAUCACUGCGACUUCGUGAAGCUGCGGGAAAUGCUGAUCCGUGUGAACAUGGAGGACCUCCGUGAGCAGACGCACAGUCGGCACUAUGAGCUCUACCGGCGCUGCAAACUGGAGGAGAUGGGCUUCCAGGACAGUGAUGGUGACAGCCAGCCCUUCAGCCUCCAGGAGACAUAUGAGGCCAAGAGGAAGGAGUUCCUGAGCGAGCUGCAGAGGAAGGAGGAGGAGAUGAGGCAGAUGUUCGUCAACAAAGUGAAGGAGACGGAGCUGGAGUUGAAGGAGAAGGAGCGAGAGCUCCACGAGAAGUUCGAGCACCUCAAGCGGGUCCACCAGGAGGAGAAGCGCAAGGUGGAGGAGAAGCGCCGGGAGCUGGAGGAGGAGACCAACACCUUCAACCGCAGGAAGGCCGCGGUGGAGGCCCUGCAGUCCCAGGCCCUGCACGCCACCUCGCAGCAGCCUCUGAGGAAGGACAAGGACAAGAAGAAUUAACGCACGCACAGACUUACAUGUCAAGAGCGGACUUUAGACUUUCAUGUGUUAAGUUGCUUGAGUUACACCUUCUCCCAUAACAUGGUGUGAGGACGGACUGGGAGCCGGUACAGACUCCAGUGUUUACAGCCUUGCUUUGUUCCCCAACCCCAACCGCCCCAGGCUGCCCUGGCCUGGCGGGCCACCCUCUCUAUGCAAACUCGUCAAAGCCAUGAAUGCUGGAAUCCAAAACUGAUGAGGUUUAUUUUUUUCAGAGCCAGUGGCUGGUCUUCCAUUUACAGUGUCACUAUUCCUUGACGGAGCAGUUUUGUGCCACUCUAGUGAAGGCCCCAGCUGGCGAUGCUCGGCCUAAUUGUACAGCGUCAAGAUGGCAACUCAUGCAGUGCCCUAGGUGUGGCUGCGUGGUCUGGUAUACAUGCUGCAAAAUUCGCCCGAUUCCCCUUCAUUUUAAUUUUUCUAACCUAGAGCUUAAUUUCAAUAAUAACUUUUACAACACUUCUAAAUUUUUACUUUGGCACGAGCGUAAAGACAAAUAAUAUCCUCUCCCAUUAUUUUCAUAAGUAACACAGAUUCCCUGAUUUUUAAAACUAAAAAUAUCUCUAAACCUUUCUUAUGUAUAAAGUACCCCUAUAAAAUACAGGGAGAGGUGGGUAAUAAACGUCCUGUGAUGGCAGUGUUUGGAAUUUCUUUAUGGAUGAAAGUGGAUCAUGAACAAGACCACAUCCAGUGUUUUUACUGUGAAUGUAAAUGGAACAGCAGCCCAAAGCCAUUGUGUGUGUGUGCCCCAGAGGUGCUACCUGUAACCAGGGUCCAACCCCACGUGUGUCUGUUAAGUGUUUGACUCCAACUAAGACCCCCAAACCAAUCCUGCAUAUUCCAAAUGCAAGGAGUGCUCAGUCAGGAAAGGUUUUUCUCCCAGUCAUGCCAGGUCAUUGUUCCCUUUUUCCUGGCUGAGUCACACGGCAAAGAGAAGAAGGUGUCUGACGUAUGUGGCCAAUUUAAGAAAAAACAGCAGAUGAGCUUUUCCCCUUUGGCUGCAUUCUUAAGGAGAAUAUUGUAAGGAAGUACAAGGAUUCUUUUGUGUUCCUGUUGGUUUGCAAGCCACUGAGAGUAUCAAGGUAGAAUAUAUGUUCUGAUAAUACAGGACACAAAAAAAUGAAUAGACAAAAGGAAGGAUUUCACUUAAUGUUGGUGAAGCACUGUGCUGGGCACAGGCUACCCAGAGUAGUAUGCAGCUCUCCCCUCAAGGAGCUCACAGUCUAGUGCACUCCCUAGUUGGAAGCCUUAGGAAGCUGAGGUAAUAUAUUGUUAGACUGGCAGUUUGUUAUGUCCUUCAUCUUCCCUCCUGUCAUCGUUUCCCUCUUUUUGCCUUUACUUGCUUUACUGAUUUCCAGGACCAGGUUCUGGCUCCUUCCUGCCACUCAGAGAAGGCUGGAGGGUGAGCUGUGUGUUUCCACCAGGGCAUGGCCAGAAAAAGGUGGCCCUUUUCUCCUUGCCAGGAGCAGAGCAGGUUUUAUUGAUGCCAAAAGUGAGAAUUCUCCAAGGGUUAUGCCAUGACCAGGAUUGGAUGCAGAUUUUGAGGGGCUUGAAGCUUGAACUAUUUGAGAAGUCUUCUUCAAAAAAAAGAAUAUGAGUAUAAAAUUAGGUACAGGGCCUUGGAAGGGGCGUUGAGAAUUAAACUUCAUUAGCUUCUCGGUAAAUCCACCUCUGGUUGUAAUUGAUAACUGAUGCUUCCGUAUGGGUAUCCAAAAAGGUAACUCAGCAGAUCUAAGGCAGAUGUGGACUGCGAGUGGCUUCUCUUUAGCAUAAUUAUAUGUAUGCAAGUGUAUUUAGUUGGCUGGAAGGAUGACCUUUAAGAUAGCCUCUGUCAGCUAAUGUAUUUCUGAAGAUGAGGCUCAAUGACCCAACCGGUUCACUGGUCAUGUAAGAAAUGAGGACUCCUGGUUCAUGGGCCAAUCUGGGGUGGAGUGGGCAGAUUCUGUCACCCAUCCACUGCUGUCUGCGGGCUGCACCCCGGGCAUACACGGAAGGCCAGAAUUGUGGCGGUUACUUGCCUGCGGGCCCAAGGCUUCCCAGGGAAGACCUGUUACUGUUACAUUUUCUGGGGUCUGAGCUGCCUCCACAGUUUCCAUUAACUUUAGUGAGCCUCACUGCACUUUUCUCCCAUGCUGUUUGUGUUUGGAAUUUUGUCAUUUUUAGCUAAGACCAAAUUAAUCCUUGGUGCACAAGGUGAGCUUAAAACUUGCCAUUGUUUAUUUAACAAGCUACCCCUCGUGGAAUGUGACCCCUGCCUGCAGGAUCUGAUUGCCCCUCCCUUUCUAUCUCAGUAUCAUCUGUUGGCAUUAUUAGGACUGUCAUUGAGAUCAUGCUGGCAUUUACUAUCAUGUCUUUCAUGAACCAAGUUGAUUUGGGGUAGAAUUACCGUGUAAUUUAUUGGCCAAAUUGAGACUUUGAAGAGUGAAAGGAGAUGGUGUUAAUAAUUAUGCCGGGUCAACAGGCAUAAGCUAUAACUAUUUCAGGCAAACUGGGAUAUAUGGUCACCCAAGUCACGGAUAACCUGAUUCUGGGUGGUCAUAAUUGUGCAGACUGACUGCAUAUGUGUCUAUGUAUGUAUUUGUGUGGGUUCUCUGUUAAGCACAGCUCAUAUUACUGGAUAAAAGGCCCAAGGGAAGCGUGGCUUGCUAGUCUGUUACGUUAACAUGCUUUUCCAAACCUGCUUCACUUGUUAAUUCAUUUACUCCUUCAUUCAUUGACUGUUUUUGUUCCUUUCCAUUCACUUUGUACUCAUUUUUUUCAUUAAAUUUUGCAUUUAUUUUGA